ACUUAAUUAAUAAUGUGAGUUCUCUUUUUUGAGUACUUCUAGUAAAUAUACAAGUAUCUCCUCGAGAUCUUUCUAAAUCAUGAUUAUCUUCUAGGAAAUAUGCAUUGCAUCCCUCUAGUUAUUAAUAACUAGACUUGUGAUUGGCUGCUGCUUUUAAUGGACAUCUGUUUCUUCAAUUCCAUCUACUAAACUCGCAGAUUCAUUUCAUUGGCAUUUUCCAAGCAUCUUCCAGGGAAUUUCCAGCUAUAAUUUGAACAAGUUCUCUCCUCUUCCACGUAGUCGGCUACAAUUUUUAUCAUCUAACAGAAUUAGCCUUGCAAUUGAAUUGAUUUGCUGCUACAUCUAAUUCUCUUGGCCUAGCUGAUUUGGUUAUCAUUAUCCAUUUUCUGCAAUUUCUUGGGUGAAACAUACAGAAAGGCUAUUUUAUCCAAUGGAGGUCUUAUCUCGUGUUGGAGAUUCUUGUUUAUCUGCUAUAUUUGACUUGCUAUCCGAAAAGUUAAAGGAAUAUCUAAGUAAUCAACUAUGGGAUUCAAAGGAGGAAAUACAUGCCCAUAUGGAAAGCUGGAUGACUCUAUUACCCAAAAUUACUGCUCUACUUCAACAUGCAGAAGAAAAUCAAGUUGCCAACAAGUUUGUGAAGUCAUAUCUUGAUGAUCUUAGGGACUUGGCUUAUGAUAUGGAGGACAUACUCGAAGAGUUUGUGAUUGAUGCCAAGGAAUCUAAAGUCGGACCUAGCAAGCGACAAAGAAUCAUCUCCGGUGUCAAAAAUUUUUUUAGCUCUAAUAAGGCUAAGCCCAAUCAAGAGAUUAAUUCCAUGGUGAUGGACUUGAGUAGUAGAUCGCAGAAAAUUGAAUAUGGGAUGCGUAGUUUGGGCCUGACUAAUUUGGCUUUGAAACUUGAAGAUAGGUCUCACAAAGUAGCUGCAAAAAGACUACCUGAGUCUUCUCUUCUUGAAGAUAAGGUGUGGGGUCGAGAUAGAGAAAAAGAUGCUAUUCUUCAGAGGUUGCUAAAAGAUGGAGGUAGUCUUGAACAAGACUUUGUUAUUCCCAUUGUCGGAAUGGGUGGACUAGGCAAGACAACUCUUGCUCGGCUCAUUUACAAUGAUGAAAAACUAAAAGGCAAGUUUGACUUGAAGGCAUGGGUUUGUGUUUCUGAUGAGUUUGAUGUUGCUCAAAUAACAAGAACCAUUUUUGAACAUGUAACUGGGAAAAGUUGUGACUCUGAUUUUGGUUUGCUUCAAGAGAAAUUGAGAGGGGAGUUGUCUGGGCACAAGUUUCUUCUUGUAUUAGAUGACGUUUGGAAUAAGGAAUAUGGCCAGUGGGAUGUCUUGAAGAGACCUUUCAUGUCAGGAGCUCUUGGAAGUAAAAUAAUUGUCACAACUCGAAAUAAGGAUGUUGGGAUGAUGAUGAGAGGAGAUGAUGGAGUUUACAAUUUAGCAUUGCUACAAGAUGAUGCUUGUUUGCCAUUAUUUACACGACAUGCAUUGGGGAAAGAGAACUUUGAUGCACACCCAAACCUACAAGAUGUUGGUGAGAAGCUUGUUAAGAGGUGUAAAAGAUUGCCAUUAGCACUGAAGACCCUUGGUGGUGCCUUGCGGGUAAAGCUAGGUCGUGAUGAGUGGGAAAUUGUAUUAAACAGCGACAUAUGGAGUUCAUCUGAAGAUAAAAUUCUUCCUGCGCUGAGAUUGAGCUACAAUCAUCUUCCUUCUCACUUGAAGCGAUGCUUUGCUUAUUGUGCUUUGUUCCCUCAAGACUAUGAAUUUAAAGAAAAGGAGUUGGUUUUAUUAUGGAUGGCGGAGGGCUUAUUGCAGCAACAGUCACAUGGAAAGAAGCAAAUGGAAGAGGAGAUCGGCCAUCAAUAUUUCCAUGAGUUGUUCUUAAGAUCACUCUUUCAGCAAUCAAGUACAAAUAAAUCAUGGUUUGUGAUGCAUGACCUCAUAAAUGAUUUAGCUGUACAUGUUGCUGGAAAAAUAUUUUGCAAUCUUGAACGUAGCAUGGGUGAUGAAAAAUUAGAGAAAGCUCGUCAUUUGUCAUUCACUCCACAUGAGUAUGAAAUUUCAGAGAGAUUCACAAUCUUAGAUAAAUUGAAGCAUUUGAGAACAUUCUUGCCACUUCUUGGUGACAAAACUUGCUUGUAUUUGUCUAAAAGAAUCUUGCAUGAGUUCCUACCAACAUUAAAUCGCUUAAGAGUGCUAUCUCUUCACCACUAUAAGAUAAGAGAGCUACCAGAAUCUUUUCAAAAUUUGAAACAUAUUCGGUACAUUGAUUUUUCUUAUACAAGUAUCAAAUGUAUACCUGAAUCAGUGGGUUCUCUUCUCUUCUUACAAACAAUGCUAUUAUGUGGUUGUGGUGGGCUUAGUAAGUUGCCUAUGACAAUUGGAAAUCUAAUUGAUCUCCAUCAUCUUGAUAUCACUGAUACAUCAUCUUUAAAAGAGAUGCCAUCAGGAAUAGGCAAUCUUAAAAAUCUUGUAACAUUGUCCAAAUUUAUUGUGGGGAAGACAAGUGGAAUGAUGACAAGAUUAUCUGAUUUGAAGAACUUGUCGCAACUUCAAGGAAGACUAUCUAUUGAAGAUUUGCAGAAUGUUUUGGCUAUUCAAGAUGCUAGGGAGGCCAACCUAGACAAGAUCCAUGGUUUGGAGAAGUUAGUCUUGAAGUGGACUACUUCUAAUAAUGAUCUGGAGCGGACUACUUCUAAUUCUGAUUUGGAGCAGACUACUUCCAAUAAUGAUCUGGAACAGACUACUUCUGAUAAUGAUCGAGAUGAAUUAGUCCUUAAAAUGCAAGUCCUUAGCUGUCUAAAACCUCAUUCAAAUUUAAAAAGUCUCAAAAUUUCUUGCUAUGGUGGUGAGAAUUUCCCUCCCUGGGUUUGUGAUCCAUCACUAUUUCUUAAUUUAUCAUCUAUGAAGCUCAACCAUUGUGAGAGAUGCACUUUGUUACCAUCACUUGGCCUACUAACUGUUCUAAAAGAAUUAAUUAUUGAAGGCAUGGAUUCAAUAGAAGCUAUAGGUUCUGAGUUUUAUGGGCGGCAUGGCUCUUUUCCAUCACUGGCUGAAUUGGUGUUUAGAAACAUGCCAAAGUGGAAGGAAUGGACUUCUUCAGCUGAAAGUGCAGGUGAAUUCCCUUGUCUUCAUAGGCUUGUGAUUGAAAAUUGUCCUAAGUUGUUAGGACAAUUACCCAGCAACCUUUCUUCACUUAAAGAGAAGUUCAAGAAGAAAUCUGAGAUGAAUCAAGAUGCAUGUAAAAAAAAGCUUGAAUAUAGUUUGCUCAAGGCAGUGGCGUUUAUUUAUGGACUUUGACCACUACACCUGUGAACUGUAGUGCAAAAUUAAACCUUUUUGGCAUUAGAUCAACAGCUGAAUAUCUACCAACUUAAUGUGUUCACCACUUAAUUCACUUUCCUGUAGGUGGUCUUUUUCUGAAUUUCAUUAGGCUAUUGUUUAGUUUCUAUUAUGUUUGUAAUUCAUCUCUUGAUGAAUAUUGAUUAAAAUUUAUCUUGGUGUUCAUUUGAUAUAUUGGACUGAAAAUGUUGGCUUUACUCUGAUUCUAGUUUAUGCUUAAUUUGCUUAUUUCUUAUUUACAAAUUUAUCAUGAAUUGAUGCUAGAGGUCUGUGACGAGACAGAUAUAUUGCUGAGCUGAAAAUGAAGGUUGAUUCUUUUA